ACCGGAAAUUCGAUCAUGGUGUUUCCCGCCGAACCCCACCUCGAGCAUCCCGCGCCCAGUCGCGGGAGAGCCGCGGAGCAACGGUGCCUCGCCCUCCUCCGCCGCGUCUCCUCCCUCUCCUCCCUCCUCCAAACCCUAACCUUUCUCCUCAAAUCCGGGCUCCAAUCCAACCCCCUCGUCCUCACCUCCUUCGCCGUGUCCCUCGUCCUCUCCUCCCCCGCACCCCACCUCCUCGACACCUUCCUCUUCAACACCCUCAUCCGCUCCCUCCCCCCGCCCCUCGCCCUGCGCUCCUUCUCCCUCCUCCUCCGCCGCCGCCUCCUCCCCAACCGCUUCACCUUCCCCUUCCUCCUCAAGGCGUGCGCCUCCCUGCCCCCCGGACCCACCGCCCAGGCCCACGCCUCCGCCCUCAAGUUCGGCUUCGCCGCCGACUCCUUCGUCGAGAACACCCUCAUCCACGCGUACUCCGCCUCCUCCUCCGACCUCGCGUCCGCGCGCAAGGUGUUCGACAGAACCCCCCAGACGAGCCCCGUGACGUGGAGCGCCAUGAUCGGCGCCUGCGUCCGGGGCGGCCGCUCCGGCGACGCCCUCGCCCUCUUCCGGCGCAUGCAGGAGCGCGGGGUCCGCCCCGACGACGUGGCCGUCAUCAGCGUGCUCUCCGCGUGCUCCGACCUCGGCGCGCUCGAGCUCGCGCGGUGGCUCCGCCGCUACGUGGAGCGGUCCCGCAUCCCCAAGUCGCCGGCGCUGUGCAACGCGCUGAUCGACGCCCUGGCGAAGUGCGGCGACGCGGGCGCGGCGCGCGCGGUGUUCGACGAGAUGCCGCGGCGCACGGUGGUGUCGUACACCGCCGUGAUCGACGGGCUGGCGAUGCAGGGGCGCGGGCGCGAGGCGGUGGGGGUGUUCGAGGGGAUGGUGCGGGCGGGCGUGGCCCCGGACGACGUGGCGUUCAUCGGGGUGCUGACGGCGUGCAGCCACAGCGGGCUGGUGGAGGAGGGGCUCCGGUGGUUCGGGGUGAUGCGGGAGCGGUUCGGCAUGGAGCCGAGGAUGGAGCACUACGGGUGCGUGGUGGACAUGCUGGGGCGGGCGGGGCAGGUGGAGCGGGCGGAGCGGUUCGCGCGGGCGAUGCCGGUGGAGGCGAACGCGGUGGUGUGGCGGAGCCUGGCGGCGGCGUGCCGCGUGCACGGGCGCCCGGACGUCGGGGAGCGGAUAGGCCGGCGGCUGAUCGCGGAGGAGCCGGCGCGCGACUCGCACUACGUGAUGCUGUCGAACGUGUACGCGGCGACGCGGCGGUGGGAGGAGAAGGGGCGGGUGCGCAGGCUGAUGGGGCGGAGAGGGGUGCGGAAGGAGCCCGGCUGCAGCGCGGUGGAGAUCGACGGCGAGGUCUUCGAGUUCGCGGCCGGGGGAGGAGGGGGAUCGGGAUCGGAGGCGGAGGCGGAGGUGUACGCGAUGGUGGAGGAGAUGAUGAGGGAGGCGAGGAGGGAGGGGUACGAGGCGGUGGAGGCGGAGGUGCUGGCGGACGUGGAGGAGGGGGAUGGGGAGGCGGGGGCGCUGCGCUGGCACAGCGAGAAGAUCGCGGUGGCGUUCGCGCUGCUGCGGUCGCCGCGCGGGGCCGCCGUGCGGGUGGCGAAGAACCUGCGGGUGUGCGCCGACUGCCACCUCGCGAUCAAGCUGGUCGCCAAGGCCUACGCGCGGGAGAUUGUGCUCAGGGAUCGGAGCCGCUUCCACUGCUUCAAGGAUGGCAUUUGCUCCUGCGGGGAUUUUUGGUGAUUAUUACAAUUUUUCUUUUUCUUUUUGAAUUUUCUCUGCCCUUCUGAAUUUUGCUGUCCAUUAUUUUGUAUCUGUGAUUCUGUAUCCAUCAUAUUAUCAUUUAUUAUUUUUGAAAAGUUUUAUUCCUCAUGAAGGAAACAGUUAUAGGUGGGUCGUAUCCGAAUAAGGGCCCAUUUUGAAUGAACAGAUAACUUAAGUUGUACAUUCCUUCAAUUUACGUAAAUAAAAAAUAUAUAAGAUUUAGCAGAUGAAUUUAGUCGAUGAGAAGUACUUUUAAAUAUGUAUAAUAAAUAUCAUAUUUGACUUUCUACUUUCAAGCCGUUUAUUUUUAAAAUAAAAAGCAUUCAACUUCUUAAACGAACAUACUAUUCUACUAAAUCAUAACACGAAA